AUGGAAACUCUCAGAGGCCAUCUGGAGCCCGUCACUCUGCCCUACUGGCCAACUUGCAAAAAUGCGCUGACUUGGUCACCCGAGGAUUUGGCAGUCGCUGCAGGUGAGCUGGUGCAUAUCUUAACGCCUCGCGAUGCAUCCCGCUCUCUGGGUGAUCCAGGGCACAAGCAGUGGCACACAUUUACUCUCCGCGUCAACCAGUUCGAGCCGUCCGAAUGGCCUUUUCAGGAAUUGGCCACUAUUACGCAGUUUUCCGUAGGAGAGGAACUGUCUGAGUCUACAGUUGUGUCACUUUCAUGGUCUCCAGCCGGACUGGGUAUUUACAGAAGAAGUGUCCUUGCUGUUUUGACGUCAAAUCUCAUCCUCUCGCUCUGGGAGUCGAAUGGGAGACUUGGGGUUUGGCAGCGAACGGCGAUUAUCAAUCAAUAUCUUCCUAGUGACGAGCAGCUCAAUAAUCCCCGAGAAAAGCGACGAGUGCGAGCCUUCCACUGGCUACCGGCCCUCUCGCUGUCCAAGGGAUUCAGGUGGGGCUCUCAACUCGUGGCUUUGGCCGAUGAUGAUUUCACGGUCCUGUUCUUUCACCUUUACAAAACCAACGGCGCUAUAUACGGAGAUUGGUCAUGCAAGCUUCUGGCGCAGUACAGAUUCCCCGGUCUCCAGCACUUGGAUGCAAGUGCAAUGAAAAGGCUCGGUCUGCGAACCAUUCUGGCUCGAUCCUCACCCAUCUCGAAUUUGGAGACAAGCAAAUGGCGAUUCGAAGAUGACCUAAGUAAGCCCUCAGGAACAGCAGCUCUGGAUGUCAAGGUAAGCUUUGGCCAGUGCAGUGAGGCGGAGUAUCUGUCCCUACGAGUCAAGUGGAUGGAUGAAGCCAAUAGCAGAAAUCAACGUGAGCUGGCGCUUUCGGUUACACCUUUAAAGUCAGCGUCGAGCUUCUCGUACUCGGAAAUGCCCAACCAGAGCCAAUUUGAUUCGGCAAUUCAGAAACCUCGUUCAGAUUUCGACCGCAACUUUGGGCUCGGGGGUAGGAUUCGCAUACACUAUUGGGGUGCUGUAUUCUCUCCCGACCGUACUCUUGCAGCGGCAUGCAUCUCACUGCACCCUUCAGACAUGAUUGAGUACGGCAUCCCUUCAAGCCAACGGACGACAGUGGUGUUCAUGCGCCUGCACGAGCCACUGACGUCGGAUAACAGCUCAGAAACUCCGUCAGAGGUGCAGAAGCGCAUUCUUGAGUUUCUGAGGGACUUGCCACUUGGUUUGGUGAAAACCGACCUGGAUAAACAUAUUGUGCGGACCGCCGCUGCCCUGAUCAAACUGGAUUCCACAAGUUUCUCGUCACUCACCCAAUGGGCAGAUGAUCUGCUGAAUCUACUUCCGACGAAAGUUUCCGGUCAAAACCCCAGUAGCUUUGAUCAGCGACCGUCUGAUAAUGACACAGACCAUGCCGCAACUACUGGAUCGGGCGGCGAAAAUACCGUUCUGGCUGACGAAUUUUGCGAGCUCUGCGGUGACAUCAUACCAUUUUCAGCAGACCCAAGUCGAGCAAGGUGCAAUCGGGGCCAUCAUUUCAGUCGGUGCAGUCUUUCCUUCGUUGCCAUCCAAGAGCCUGGAAUUUCCGUUUAUUGUUCUAAAUGCGGUAGGCAAUUCCUCGACCCUGGCAAGCUGGAAUGCGCCGAUGGUCCAAGCUUGAGUCAAGCGCUAUUCGACCACUUCGAUGUCUGCCCGUACUGCCAAGGCAAGUUCCGGGGCUGA